AUGAUCAAAGCCAUCUUCUACAGCAAAUUCGACACACAGGAAGGGCCCAAGGUCGUCCACCAAGUCCCCGAUGGCGCGAUUGUCCCCUCCGCAACUGCCCCCUCGCAGCCCCUCUUCCUCACUUUCUCCGACAUCUCCUUCUUCGUUAUUCCCCGGCAGGAGCUGUGUGGGAACCUGAUCCAGGUCUGCACCAAUGGCUACCGCAUCCUGGGCUAUCCGAUCUGCAUGAAGUCCCUGCGAUACGACCGGAACGAGUUCAUCUUCAAUUUCUGCGUGGUGCUGUCGGAGGAUGAGGAUUUCAGCACCUACAAGAGUGUUGUGCAGAAGCUGGCCGAUUUGAUGCAUGGAUUGGAGGAGCAAAAUGGCUUCCUAUCGCGAGAUCAUUCCAAAUCCGGUGAGGGGAAGGUAUACAGCCUGUGUGAGACGCUGAUGGAGGAUCUGAACAAUUACUGCGAGUGCAUGAUCCCAAUCGACGAGCUGAACACCCUUAACAUCAAGCUAUUCCCCAUCUAUCCCGCCCCGCCGCCUGUCAAGGCAUGGCAUGUGCCUCUGUUCACGGUCCGCUACCAGACCUUCAUGGAUGAGAACUGGGAUCUGACCAUGCAACGAAUCGUCCCCCACAUCAAUGGCGUCAAUAGCGUUCGGAUUAUUUCCAUUCUUGCCGAUACAGACUUCUCCCUAACCUGCCGCGCCAUUCGUCACCUGCUCUACUACGGCUGCUUGUUCCUCCUCGACAUUUUCUCUUUCUCAGCCAUCUAUGCCCCAACCGCCCAAUUCAGCUCCACAAUUGCCACGGACGAAGAAAUGCAGCAGGAAUGCGCCCGUUACGUCAACACAGUCUUCGCCUCUCCAAUCACCGCUGCCUCGGCCGCCCUGACCCCGGGGUAUCCCCCGCAUUACGAUCCCGACACCGUCUGGCCCCCAGUCGGUCAACCUCUCACAGCCAGUAGCGCCAGCGAGAUCACGAUCUCCAGCCGCAGCCCUAGUCGAACCCCUAGCCCAAGUCCUAGCGCCGGCACCAUCCAAGCCAGCAGCAGCAGAACCACGUCACCGGCUCCAGGAACAGCCACCGACGACGACACCGCCACUACCACAGACACACAUGCCAUCGAGCCCCAACUCGUCGACGGCGUCGGCCUCGUUGAACUCUAUGCCAGUCUCAAGCAAGGCCAAAGCGUCAAACAAUGGUACCUCCAACACAGUCGACAACUCGCCCACAUCGACAUCCGCCGCUUCAUCACUUUCGGCGUCAUCAAGGGCUUUAUCUACCGUGUACACAAAUACGCCAUAGCAACCGGAAACCCAGCACCACCCAUGAAAUCCUCUCACUACCAUCACCACAGCUCGCCCUCAUUACAUCCACCCAGCGGUCCAUCGUCGCGGGGGCCCGGCACAGGCACGAACAGUCCUUACGCCACUAGUGCAGGAGACGACCCGGCUCCGAUUGCACAGCACGAUGGUGGGCCGAGCCAUCACUCAACCUCAGUUUACAGUGGAAGUCGGCCGGCCACGAUCGUGACUCUCGAAGGGGAGGAAGAGGAAGAUGAUAUUGAUGAUAAGACGCUGUCGAAGUAUCUCGAUGGGAUACAUUGUUUCGAUCAGAUCUGUACAGAGUUGGAGAUCAGCGAGAGGGAGUUGACGGCGCGGUUGAAGAGGUUUCCGGGGGAGGUGCUCAUAUUGCAUCGAUAA